AUGUCGUCUUACUCGGAUGAUGACGAGCACGAUCCCCAGGCGGACGAGCUCCGCGAAACCGCUCUCGUCACGCUGGAAGCCUUGAUCAGCUCGUGCAGCCAACAAAUGCAGCCUUAUCUGCUCAACACCGUGAAAUCAGCCCUCAGAUUUCUCAAGUAUGACCCCAAUGUCGCCGAUUUCGAAGAAGACGAGGAGAUGGGUGGCACCCAGGACGAUGGGUCGGAGGACGAUGGCACCGAGGAGCCCGAUCUGGACGACGACGAGUUCGAGGACUUCGAGGAGGAGGGAGGAUAUAGUGAUGUUGACGACAUGAGCUGGAAGGUUCGACGUUGUGCCGCAAAGCUGCUUUACUCCGUUAUCUCGACAUAUGAGCGCGGCCGCACGUCGACCAAUCCGUCCCUGUACCAGCAAAUCGCGCCCGCCCUCAUUGCCCGGUUUAGCAAGGAAAGAGAAGAGAGUGUGAAGCUGGAGGUGGUCUCUACAAUGACGGCUCUGGUUCGCAAGACUGGUGACGGUGCUAUGAUCAUCACGUCGAGUGGCUUCCUGGAGUCCGUUGGCGGAUCGAAAAACUCGAGGAAGAGAAGACGGCAGGACAGCGAUGCGAACAUGAUUGACUUCGAGCCCAGUAUCGGUACCUCGUCCGCGGUCGGCACUCCCGUUGCUGCUCCAUCGUCGCCCGAGUCGGGUCCUCAGGCCGACCUGGCCCGUUCGGUGCCUAUCAUCGUACAGAGCAUUGUGAAGAUGUGGAAGCAGGCGUCUGUUCCGUUGAAGCAAGCUAUCAUCGUUCUUCUGAAGAGCUUGGCUCUUGUUCGGUAUGGCGGGCUGGCAGACCAUCUUCAACAGAUUGAAGACCCGAUCGCGGAUGUCUUGAAAUCAGCGUCCUUGUCGGGUGGUUCGUCCGCCCCAGCGGGAGCCGCCGUCAGCGCGGGAACCCUCCAGGUAGAGACCUUGAGUCUCAUUGCCGCAAUCGCCGAAACACACACCUCGGAUGCUCUUCUCCCCUUCCUGAUUGCCUUGAUUCCGGGCGUCAUUGGAUCCGUCAAAGACAGAAACUACAAAGUCAGCAGCGAGGCCCUUGGUGCCGUUGAACAGAUCGUCAAGGCUCUGACCCCGCCCCGGGUAUCGACAACCUCUCAGGAUCUGCAGUCCCAGUUGGAGAAGCUGUACGAUGUGGUUCACGAUCGCAUCGCCGAUACGAGCGCCGAUCUGGAGGUUCGUCAACGAGCCAUUCACGUAUUCGGUGUCCUUAUAGCCCGAACCUCCGGGGACAACGGACCGUCUUUCCUCUCCCUAGACCGUCGCUCCAAGGGUCUUCUCGUUUUGGUUGAUCGCUUGAGGAAUGAGACUACCCGACUUUCGGCGGUGCGUGCCGUGGAUGACAUCGCUGUCCUGUGUAGCCGCGAGGCAGACGUUCCAGCGACAUGGGUCAGCGAAGUCACUGCGGAACUCGGUGCUCAGCUGCGCAAGUCGGAUCGCGUGCUCCGAGGUGCCAGCUUGGAAGCUCUCCGUAGUCUAGCUAUGAACCCCAAGACCCGAGCCCACUACGAUAACAAGACCAUGAAGGACUUGGAAGAUUCGCUGCUGCCUCUGAUUACUGCCGAGGAUUUCCAUUUCCUUGCACCUGCCCUUAUCAUCCUGGCGAAGCUUGUGCCUGGAAACGCGCAGCUUCUGGUCAACGAGGGUCUGGUUUCUGCUUUAUGCUCGAUUGUUGUUUCAUCGUUAGUUGGCACCGUCCUGAAGGCGCUCUUGUUGCUCGUGAAAGUGAUCGGAGAGGAGGAGGCCGGGGCCGAUCUGAUGAGACGGUUGUUGCGCGACGUUGGCAUCAACGGCGACACCUCCGUUGUCGGGCGGGCCAUCGGCACUCUUGUUGUCCAUGGUGGACCGAAGUUGGGCGUGAAGAUGGAGGAUUUCUUGAAAGAGCUGCAGACCGCACAGGAUGCUCAACGCAAAUGCCUCGCCCUUGCCAUCCUGGGAGAAAUCGGUCUUCGGAUGGGGCCCAAGUGCUCGUUAACACCAGACCUGUUCAUCGACCAUUUCAACUCCAAAUCCGACAAGGUCCGCCUCGCCUCGGCCGCGUCUCUUGGCAAUGCUGCUGCCGGUAACGUGAAGGCCUACCUGCCUACGAUCCUGAAUGGCCUGGACAAGUCGAAUCCCCAAAGCUACCUGCUCCUGCAUUCAGUGAAGGAGUUGCUUCAGCACCCCGAAAUCGUUCGUCCCGACGUGGCUCCUUCGGCUCUCAAACUCUGGCAGGCCCUCCUCCUUGUCUCAGAAGAGGAGGACAACCGUGCUGUCGGUGCGGAAUGUGUUGGUCGACUGGCGUUGAUUGACCCUGUUGCCUAUAUUCCCCAUUUCCAGGAAUACUUGUCCAGCUCAGAUGCCGGUAUUCGCGGCGUCGUCAUAUCUGCGUUCCGCUACACUUUGUCCGACUCGAGGGAUACCUAUAACGAUGUGCUCCGACCGCUGAUUGUUCCCUUGUUGGUCAAUAUGCUCAGCGAUCGUGACCUCGGCAACCACCGUCUUGCUCUGACCACAUUGAACUCUGCUCUCCACAACAAGAUGGACAUCAUCCUUCCCCAUCUCAACGAGCUCCUCCCGGCAGUCUUUGGUGACACGCAGAUUAAACCCGAGCUCAUCCGUGAAGUCCAAAUGGGCCCAUUCAAGCACAAGGUCGACGAUGGUCUUGAACUGCGCAAGGUAAACUCAACCUUUCCACCCAUCCAUUUCCUCACCCCAAACCCCGAAACUAACACCCACAUCCAGAGCGCCUACGAAACCCUCUAUGCCUCGCUAGACACCGCCUUCUCACUCUCCCACGUCUCCGAGUUCUUCGACCGCAUCCUCGCCGGAAUCGACGACGAGCAAGACAUCCGCACUAUCAGCAACUUCAUGACCUCUAAGCUCAUCACAUUAGCCCCCGAAGAAACGCAACGAUACCUCGACGCCCUCUCAGAACGCUACAGCGUCGUCUUGUCGUUCAAAUCAAAAGACAACGCCGUGAAGCAGGACAUCGAAAAGGCGCAGGAAGCAUCGAACGGUGUCCUCAAGAUCACUCGCGAACUGAGCAAGGCGUUCCCGAACGCCGAGACGUCCGCGGAUAACCACAAAUGGAAGGCUUAUAUGGAAUGGGUCCGGAAGACGUUUGCGACUCAAUUGAAGAGCUUAGAUACGGACUUUUAA